AUGAGCGAAUCGUCGGUCAUUCAGAAAUCGGAAGAAGAAUUGGAACUUCUCAAAGAACUGAAGAAUGAAUUCGAAACGCUUGAGCAAUCCUGGAAAGAAGAAAACGAAAAAUUCAUCCAAUUCCAGCUCCUGGCAAACAGAGACCGCCAGCUGGCAGAUCACGUGCUCACUGAAAACCAAAAGACGCAGCUCAGAACAAAAAGUGUCAAGAAGCAAAUUGUGAAAGAAAAGUCGAAAGCUUCAUCUCCCAAGUUUCCAAAAUCUGAAUCGCUCGAUUCAAUAAGCAGCGAUUGCGAAUUCGGCCUCGUGAAAAGUUCGAAACUAGAGAAUCUCGAAGAGUCGAUCGAAGCCGCAGAAAAACGCCUUGAAGAGCUCGAGAAACUCGCGAAAAAGAAAGAAGCUCAAGAAAAACGCCUCUCCGACUUGGCGAAAGAAGAAAAACUCCUUUCCGCGCAGCUGGUGCACGUCAAAUCGAGGAGGGAGAAUCUAAACGGGGCGACGGAGCGAGCGGAAAAGAGCGCUGCUUUGAUCAAACAGUCGUGUCUUCGGCAGAUGAACUUGUCGCAUUCUGUUACUGUCGGCUAUCCGAAACCGCUGGAAGAGCUCUGUUCGAUAGGGAUUCUGCUCAAUGCGACGUUUGGCGAACUGGAAGAAGAAGUUGGUCAGCUGAGCAGAGAGCCCUUUUCUGAAACAAAGAAAGUAUCAAGUUCACCGCACGUGGAGACAAAAGAUGAUCUCUUGCGAGAGAUCUCGGCCGAGCGUAAAAUACUGGAGUUUCGCCGCAAAGUUCUCAAGAGAAGCAACGAGUUGCUGCAAGAGAAGUCGGACAACUUGCUGAGGACGAUUUCGCAGAAUGACUGUAGAUACACGAAUAGGAUCAAAAGCUUGGAACGCGAACUUCAUGCACUUAAAAAUUCCACCGUCAAGUCGAUAAAAUUGAAACACGACGCCUUGUCCCGUUCUAGCAUUUCUGAGCUAGAGAUCCUCGAUUCGGCGAUUCUCUCGCUCGAGAAAGAGCUUUCUUCUAUCCAGCCCAAAACGAGCCUACCCGAUUCAGCAGUGCCCCAUCCGAGCAAGAUGACUUGA